GACCUCAGACCUCGCCGGCGUCAUGCCCACUCCCAACGCCGCCACGCCGCAGGCCAAGGGCUUCCGCAGGGCAGUCUCGGAGCUGGACGCCAAGCAGGCUGAGGCCAUCAUGUCCCCACGCUUCAUCGGGCGGAGGCAGAGUCUCAUCGAGGAUGCACGCAAGGAGCGGGAGAAGGCAGAGGCCAUGGCCGCCUCCUUGGAGCCUGGGGAGCCCCUGGGGGCCGGGGCGUGCGAGGAGAGGGACGGAAAAGCCCUGCUGACCCUGCUCUUCACGCUGCGGGGCACCAAGUCCUCUUCCCUGUCCCGUGCCCUGAAGGUGUUUGAGACCUUCGAAGCCCAAAUCCACCACCUGGAGACCAGGCCCACCCAGAGGCCGCGGGCUGGAGGCCCCCACCUGGAGUACUUUGUGCGCUGCGAGGUGCCCAGUGCCGACCUGCCCUCCCUGCUCAGCUCCGUGCGCCGGGUGGCAGAGGACGUGCGUGGUGCCGGGGAAAACAAGGUCUGGUUCCCAAGGAAAGUUUCCGAGCUGGACAAGUGUCACCACCUGGUCACCAAGUUUGACCCUGACCUGGACUUGGAUCACCCGGGCUUCUCGGACCAGGUGUACCGCCAGCGCAGGAAGCUGAUUGCCGAAAUAGCCUUCCAGUACAAACACGGAGACCCUAUUCCCCGUGUGGAGUACACAGCCGAGGAAAUUGCCACCUGGAAGGAAGUGUACACCACUCUCAGGGGCCUCUACGCCACCCACGCCUGCCGGGAGCACCUGGAGGCUUUCGAGCUGCUGGAGCGUUCCUGUGGUUAUCAGGCAGACAACAUCCCCCAGCUGGAGGACGUCUCCCGCUUCCUGAAGGAGCGCACGGGCUUCCAGCUGCGGCCCGUGGCUGGCCUGCUGUCCGCCCGGGACUUCCUGGCCAGCCUGGCCUUCCGAGUGUUCCAGUGUACCCAGUACAUCCGCCAUGCCUCCUCGCCCAUGCACUCCCCAGAGCCGGACUGCUGCCAUGAGCUGCUGGGACACGUGCCCAUGCUGGCUGACCGCACCUUCGCCCAGUUCUCCCAGGACAUCGGCCUGGCAUCCUUAGGAGCCUCGGAUGAGGAAAUUGAGAAGCUGUCCACGCUGUACUGGUUCACGGUGGAGUUUGGGCUAUGCAAGCAGGACGGAGCACUGAAGGCCUAUGGCGCUGGGCUGUUGUCCUCCUACGGGGAGCUCCUGCACUCCCUUUCUGAGGAGCCCGAGAUCCGAGCCUUCGACCCCGACGCUGUGGCCGUGCAGCCCUACCAGGACCAGACGUACCAGUCUGUGUACUUCGUGUCUGAGAGUUUCAGCGAUGCCAAAGACAAGCUCAGGAGCUACGCCUCCCGCAUCCAGCGCCCCUUCUCUGUGAAGUUCGACCCGUACACGCUAAGCAUCGACGUGCUGGACAGUCCCCGCGCCCUCCGUCGCUCCCUGGAGGGCGUCCAGGACGAGCUGCAUACCCUCACCCACGCUCUGAGUGCCAUCGGCUAGGAGCGCCGGGCACGACCCCGUGGGCCCUCGUGGGCCGGCCCAGGGUCUCCCAGCCCUUCCCCAGCCUCCCCCGACCCCUGCUCACAUGGGGGGCUGGGUCACAGCACCCCAAGAGUCCCCCACAGACCCUCCCGACCGAGGGCCCCUGGCACUGCCGCUUCUGAGAUCUGCCUGUCCGCGUCUCCCCCCCACGCUGGCCGC